UGUUCGCUCAAUUUGCAUGGUUUUUCUACAGAGUGGAUAACUUUAUUCGGUGUAAAGCACAAACUACAAUACUCCGGAAGAAGUUUGAUUCGGAAGAUCCUCUCUUGACAAAUAGCUCUUGGAUAGAGUAUAUCCAUGCCCUAUGCUUAAUACCACUACACGAUCAUCAUACCGCCCAAGGUAUACUUGAAAGUAUAGUGUGCAGCAAUGAAGGCUCCACAGCAAUUACAAAUAGAAUUUUGUUUGCUACAAAAAUGGCACUGGCAGCGAUCUAUCUAUUAGAAGGGAAGAACCAGCUUGCUGUCGACAUCCUUCGAGAGGUAGUCCGAACAAUUGGAACAUCAUCGCAAUAUUCUACCCUGGACAUUUUAUGGGCGCAGCAUGAAUUUGCUAGGGCACUUUCGAUGGAUGGCAAGCCAAAAGAUGCUAUUUCACUUCUCCAGGAUAUUGUUAAGAUGCAGAAAGCAACAACGGAACCUGAAAAUCCUAGCCGUCUUAGUUCCCUGCAGAGGCUUGCCAUAGAACUUUCAAAAGACGGCAGCCAUGAAGAGGCUAUUUCUAUCCUUCGGGAUGUCGUGCAGAUACAGAUCUCAACUAAGAAAGCUGGACAUGUUAGCCUUCUUGCUUCACAGCAUGAACUUGCUGUGGCGCUUUCAAGAGCCGGUGAGCAUAAAGAGGCUAUAUUACUCUUUGAGGAUAUUGUUCAAAUACAUAAGACAAACAUGAACCAUAUCAACGUCAAUUGCCUUACUUCACAACAUGAACUUGCUAUGGCGCUUUCUAGAGCCGGCAAGCAUAAACAUGCUGUUUCACUACUCCAGGAAGUUGUUCAGAUACAGAACACAAUCUUUACUCCUACUCACCCUAUUCUUAUUUCCUCACAACAAGCACUCGCAUGGGUACUUUUAUGGGGUGGCGACUAUAACGAGGCCCUCAAAAUCAUUCAACCAGUUAUGAUAAUUGCGGAGAGAGAAUGGGACCUCUCAGAUUGGAGAAGAAGGAACUGCGAAUUCUUAAUACAGGAGUGUCCUGCUAAAAAGGGUAAAGAUGCUAAUGGCACUGCGGCAUCAGCUUCGGGUUAUUUUGGCCAGGAGAACUCAACGUUUGAUUGGUGGCUACAAAAUUGUGGCUUGUUAGAGGUUGCCACGGAGGCGCUACGAAGGAUGUGGAUCACAUGGACCUUUCAACCCUCGUUAUCAAUAUCAAACACUGGACGUCGACCACAUAUGACUUAA